GGCGGGGCUACAGGGAGGAGGAAUCAAAACGAAAACAGAAGCAAACCAGCUCCACGGACAGCGGCAGAACCGGAGAGGAAUCCCGAUCGACAUCCAGGAGGCAGGCAAGAGAGCCGAGCUCGGCGGCCAGGCAGGCAGGACGGAAAGAGGAUGGUGUCGCCCGUCACCGUGGUUAAGAAUGAGGGACCCAAGUUAGUGCCUUUCUUUAAGGCCACCUGUGUAUAUUUUGUACUCUGGCUGCCAACCUCAAGCCCAUCAUGGUUCAGUGCACUGAUCAAAUGCCUUCCAAUCUUCUGUCUUUGGGUAUUCUUGCUGGCACAUGGAAUCAACUUCCUGGGGACACGCUCCAAUGCAAGGAAGAUCUUGGCAGGCCUGAUUUUUUCUGCUCUGGGGGAUGCUUUUCUUAUAUGGCAAGAACAAGGAUAUUUUGUUCAUGGCCUGCUCAUGUUUGCAAUUACGCACAUUCUCUACACCUCAGCCUUUGGAAUGAAGCCCCUGAAUCCUGAACCUGGCUGUGGAGUUGUGGUUAUUUGUGGAAUAUUUUACUGCUUGCUGUACCCGUAUCUUUCUGGCCCCUUCACCUAUCUGGUGGCAGUUUACAUUGCUCUGAUUGGAUUCAUGGGCUGGCGAGCCAUUGCAGGAGUGCAACUUUUCAACGAUCUCUGGACAUGGACCAAACUCUGUGCCUGCCUCGGAGCCGUACUUUUCAUGGUGUCUGACCUUACCAUUGCCGUCAAUAAGUUUUGUUUCCCUGUGCCUUACUCCCGGGCCAUCAUCAUGGCCACUUACUAUGCUGCCCAGAUGCUCAUUUCCCUGUCAGUUGUGGAAUGCAAGGAUGAUAAUGAUGGGAACAUCAGAAAGAUGAACUGAGAGACAAACCUCCUCUCCCAAUAAUACAACAAAGUAUUCCUGAGUUCCAUAGCCACAGAAACCUGGAAACCAACGGUGUGAUCUGAUUUAGAGCCACAUGAUUUAUUUUCAUUGGUUUGCUUCUGUGUUAGUUUAUCAUUAACUGCAGACUACUUCUUGGAGGUAAAAAGGUGUAAUUGCAGUGGUUGAAACCAGGACGGACAUUACUCAAACUGAAAUCUAGCGAGAUGUUCUCAUCAUACUGCACUUAUUGUUUUGUUGUGAACUCCCUUCCCAUCAGUAAGGAGAUAAAAAUGGCCCAAAUUCAUUUUAGUAAGUAUCCCUAGCAUCAGAGAAUGAGCAGAUCUUGCAUUGCAAAACUGAAUUCUAUGACAUUGUUAAUUUCAGAGUCAUUCUCAUUAACAGUGUUCUUAAAUACCCUUUCCUUGUAGUAUUUGGAGGAGUUGUAAUUAAUAUUAGUUGUUUGAUACAUAAUUUCAGAACAAAACUAUAAUUACAUUUAAAGGGAAUUGGAAAAUAUUUGAAAGGGAAAAAUGUAAAAGAAAGGAUCAAUCAACAUUUGGAAAAUGACAACCCGGAAAAGAUCGCUUGGUCCAUUCAAACUGUCCCAAAUAGAUAUAAUGUCUUGCACAACAUAGUGAGCAUGUUCCCAUCCCAUCCUUCUGGGUGAGGUGAGAAACCAGACACAAAUCCAGGCCAGUUAAUGGGAGUGGUAGGGGAAAUAGGAAAAAUUCCUUUUUGACCUCCUGAGGAAAUCAGUACUAGCCCAGGGGACCACUCUGGCUUUGAUUCACAUUCUACAAUACCUACCUCUUGUACAAAUGUUCUUUGCUUCAAGGAAUUGUUAGGGAAUUGUGAUUAAAAUAGGCACUGCCAAUUGAAGAACAGUUGCAGGGUUGUUGGCCAAGUGAUCAUUUUCUGUGUUGCAGUUUUUGUAGUGUUUUGUUUGUGAUGUACAAAUUGCUAUAUGCUGAUUCAUGUAAUACUCAUAAUGUUUGCAGUGACUAGAGGGACCUAAUUUUAAGUUGUGAUGGUACAUCUUUUCUUUUAAAAAUGUGAUGUGUUUCAAUCUUUAAACAAUAACCUAUUUUCACUGUCCUAGGCCAGGUGCUGUGGGAAAGAUCUACCCUUUACUGUAAUGUGAUUUAGGGGGAAGUUCAACACGGCUGUUUUUUUGCAUUCAGUGUAUUCUGGUGCUAACCAACACUGACGUUAUGUCAGUGUAGAGAAUAAUUUCAUAAGUAUUUGUGAUGGGGACCAUUGCCAAAUGAGAAAAGAUUGAUGGAAGUAGAGUGCUUAAAUUCUGAAACGUGUAACUGAUGGUGGGGUCUCCUUGCUGGUAUCACGUAUUCAGAAAAUCACUUCCAUAUUCUGUUUUUGCCAUGCAGCAUUCCACAGAAUUUAAGCUCAGAAUUAAAUUGUACUAAAAUAUAAAAAUCAAAUGUUUUGCCUAGAAGUCACAAAUUUAUGUCACAUUAUUUUAAUUUGUACUCUUAAUUCUGUCAGUUUUGAAGGUGUUGACACAAGCUGGGAUGUGGUUCAAAGGCUGCAAAUAGUCUGGUCCUUAUCAAGCACCCAUGAGUAAGCUGGAGUAGUGAGUGAAAAGCCAUUUUCACUGUGGUAUCCCAGCUGAACUUGGUCAUACCCUCUACUUGUGUCUUCACAUGCAGUCUUUCUAACAGACAUUGCUGAACAGCAAUCGUGACAUUUUCUUUCUUCAAUAUCUCAACCUCCAUCCAGAGACAUUCAGAAGCUGUGAAACACCUGGUAAUUCUAAACAGAUUCAGGAUCGAAUCUGAAUCUUUCAUGGUUUGGCAACUCAUUAUCUUAAUGGGUCAAAGCCACUUGCUCUUGACAGUUAAUCUGAAAUUUCGUCCGUAUUUCACAUUCUGAUUGUGUUUAAUUCUAUGGGUUUCCUUGUAUCAAAACAGUCAGAGUAUCUGAAAGGAUUUCUCUUCUAAUACUAUUUCUCCAAUUGAAUGUACUCAGUUGUUUACUCAGUGUAAGGACAUUCAUAACUUGUACUCUUGGUUGAGGAGUGACUGUAAGGGUUUGUAAGAAAUUAUGCAAUGGCCGCUAGGACCUCUUUUGUUCAAAGUACUUUUUGUUUCAAAUGCCAUUCCUCUCCAGAGGCGCUGGAGAGUUCAAGAACCUCUGAAAUUUCAGAACCUGUCUUUUUAGUUACAAAACGCAAAGAUUGCGGAGUAUUCUGAACAAAAGAUAUUGCUCCUGAACUUGCCUUUCUUUUCAUAGGUAUGUAUCAGAGCCCAAUUUUCCAUUUUACUAGUUUAUUACUUGCUUCUUUCUCAGUAUUCAGACAAAAGGGUUUCUUUUUACAACUGAGAGUGCAGUAAAAUUGCAGCACCAAGUAAGAAUAAUAGGCAUUACUAUUAAAUAUCCAUUGGCUUCAGUGUACUAAUAAGUGUUACCAACCUGAGAACUUUCUUAGAUAAGGCAGUUUUGUGCUCAUUGGAGAGAGAAACACAGAAACAUGUAGGUACAGGAGAAUUACAUAGACAUCUACGCAUAUAAAAAAAUCCUGAGUUAGAUCUAUAUAUUGAUAAUUAUAACUGCUUCCUGUGCUUAUGAUACAUAUACCGCUGUGUGUAGCUGUCUUCUCAACCUGCAGUAUUUAGAUUGUCGUAUAACUGUAUUGUGUCGACUAUAUAUAAAGUCAUCUGUAACUGUCUUUUGUAUCUACAGUAUUUAGACUGCUGUGUAACUGUAGUGUGUGCCUGCAGUAUACAGACGGUUGUAUGUAAUUGUCUCCUAUCUGUACGGUAAAUAGACUGUAUGCUGAAACUGAUUGUAAUGCCUUUAACAGUGCUAUGGCUAAGAUCAGUUAACACAGCACAGGCUAAUAUCAAGCAUGGAAAUUUCCUUUUCUAUGUUACUGAGUUACUGUUUGCAUUAUCUAGCUGAAGCAUCAGGAAUUCUUGUAAAUUCUGUACUGACCUCUCUGAUACGUAGACUGUGUUCUUUAGAAAUAUUCAGACGUACUGAUCUUUAGAAUUAUGGAUGGUUAAAAUUAAGCUGUGAUAAUAUAAUCUUUACUGAACGAUUUCGAUGGAAUCAUAAACCACAAGAGCAGUCUUUCUUCCAUCAGUUUUGGUGAGACGUACACUGAUGACAGUUUAAACAGCACCAUUUGUUAACCAAAUGUGUUAAAUAAUUCAGCUAAUUUUAUUAAAAACCAAUGGUUUUAAUCAAUAAUUAAAUCAUAAAAUUCAAAGAACAAUGUGAAAGUAAAUGGUACACUAGGUUAGGAACUGGUCUUUCACUCUGGUAUCUUAAUUGAAAUUUACUGGAUGGAAUUUUGUGUAAAGGUAUCAAGAACCAAAUAUUGCCUGCUGCCUGGAAGAGCACUGGAGAGAGGAGAUCUCAAUUCAGUCUCUAGUAAUCAGAGAUACAUGGCACAAAAUUACUCCCAAUGUGAUAGUGGCUGACAUUAAAUUGACAAAUUUGCGAGAGAACUGAAGGCUGAGAAUUAAAAACAAUGUACAUUGCAAUUAGGCGUGUUUUUGUGACUUUGGAACUGAAGUACUGUAUAUUAUUGGAGGCAGAGUGGAUGAACUGAGAACUUGGUGCUGACAGUCAAAGCACAGCAGAAAGUAUUGUAGCAAUAAUAUCUAUUCUCUUUCUGAAUAUAGAAUAAUAAUAAACAAAACUCAUUUUCAAUUCGCAAGUUGGCAUGAUAAAGAACUUUCUCCAGAAACAAAGACGUGAUCUAUUAAGACACGUACAUUUGAGCUGUUAGAACACAAUUUUAAAUAUAAUAAGGUAUUAAUAACAUAGGACUGUUGGGUAUUACGUCAACAAUAUUAUACCAACCUAGGUGAAGAACUAGUGCAGGACAUCACCAAAGUUUAAAAUAACAGAAAAAAAAAUAAAGUAAAUGAACAUGAAGGUUCUGAAAACUUAGUUUCAGGGGGAUGGAAAGACAGAGGGGGCCAAGGAGACUCAAAACUUGGUGUCCUGUGGAAUAAUGAGAGUCUGAGAGAGAAUAGGGGAGAAAGGCGGGCAUUUAGAUUAACAAGAAGAAGAAAGGAAACGUAGAGGAGUAGUGAUCUCAACAAUAUUGCAAAGGUAAGGAGAGAAGGAAAGUUUCCAACGGAUAAAGAAAUGUCAGAGAUUAGAGAUAAGACAAAUAUUUCUUAAUAUAAAACUAACAUUUUCUUGCAUCAUAUCCAUGUAUGCAAGAAAGCGGUAAGAAGAACUUGGAAACUUUAAAGAUAUCUUAAAUUUCAUUUUUAAUGUUAACUUCAAGCUGACAUUCAGAUUCUGAUGACUGAAGCAAGUAUGUGCACACACAGCUGAUUUCCCUGGUCAGAGCAACAUGAGCCAGUUUUAUUGACUGAAGGUUAACAUUCCAGGCUAAUGACUGUUAAUCAGAAUGGUGAAAAUGAAAUGCUAAUUCUGUUUCUCUCUGCAUAGAUGUUGCCGGACCCUCAGAGUGCUUUCAGGAAUUUGUUUUAAUUUCAAACUUAAGUGGAGCUAAAAUUUGGGGGAACUUGUGUAAAGCAGGCUUCCCAACCAUAUUGGCCUGUUAAAUCACAACAGUUAAGACUUGAAGUUGAUAUUAUUUAAAUGAAGCAUUUUAGAAAAAUUUUAGAGAUCAGGUUGGCGUAUUUUUCUAGUUAAAUCUGUUUUCAGUACACAGGUCAAGAAAGAAACAAGCCAAAUAUUGCAAGGCAAGAGAGAAACAAAAAUAGCAAUGUUCUGUAGUUGAGGUAAAAAUAUGAUAAAGAAAACACAGAGCAGUACUAUUUUUUAAAAAAUACAACGAAUUUUGGAAAUUAAAGAUGCAACUUUUUCCCAACUGUGUGAGGACAAUUCUGUUUAACUCUAUUAAAAUUCUCUCUUCUUUCUUGAAGGCACAAGCUCAUAAUCUUGGAAAUGUUCUCAAUUUGUCAUGCUUUAUGCAUUAACUUAGCUAGGAAGCUAUUUGGACUGCAUCAAAGUCAGCCCAUUCCUUUUCCAUUCAAAAUCUACAAACUCUGAUCAGGAAUGGGCUCUUUGAAUAAGCUUACUGAUGUUAAGGCCAAUUGUAAACUUCCUGCUUUCAAGUUUUAAUCAGUUGACUAAUUGUUGACAUUUUAAAACCUUUUUCUGUAUUAUUUUAGAGACUGAUGUCACAUGGAAUUUCCUAUAGUUCCAUACAUAUGCAGCUGUGUUUUGGGAGAAGAUGGAGUGUAUGUGUUCUUUUGUAACUGAAUUGCAGUAGCUACAAGAUUGAUGCCUGAUGACUGUGUCUACUUUUGAUCUAACUGUGGGCACAGGACAAGUGUUUGUGUUCACUGUCAAUGAUACUCUGUAAUUUAUUUUAUUACCUAUAAUGUGGUGUAUAUAGAAACCUAAAAUGUGGUGUACAUAGUCUUGAAGUGCCCUAGAGUGCCCAAUAUAUACCAAUUUAAAGAAGCAAUUCACUCAGCAGAAUGUAUGGAAUGUGUACAUGCCAGGAGUGCAAUUAAUUGUUCUACGUCAAUAAUGCACUCUGGAUUAAAGGAUAAUAAUCACUCUACUCUGGCAUCUGUGUACAGUUGUAUGUCUGUUUACAGUUUAUUCAAGUAAAGGGGAAUGACUGUUGUACGGUACUGUACAGCUCUGUGUCUCAGUUUCAGAUCUAGCAACAAUUGUAUAUAUAAACACCUUGGUUGGUAGCAGAGGAGAUGCUUUUGUGAAUAGAUUUUAUAGUAUUUAUAUAGCUGGCAGAUGAGAUGAGUGCAGGACUCAACUUCAUUGUUUGCAUCUAUGAGGAAUGUAGUCUUGCAUAAUGGUUUUCUGUAUUGUAAGCUUGGUUCAAUUAAAAGAGCUUGCAGAAGUUUGCAGGUUGAAAUCUUUCACCAAGAAAUGAGCUGCUUGGUCACAGCACACACUUCAGUGAAGUGCUGACCUUCUGCUAAGGUAUUAAAUUGAGAACCUGCCUACCUGUUCAAGUCCCAUGGCUUUAUUAAAAAGAACAGAAUUUGCCUGGCGACUUGUCUGAACAUACCUUUCAGUCACCACUACCAUAAAAACACAUUGAUAACUUAUUCAUCUAAUUGCUUUUUGUGAGCUUUUGUGGAAAUUUCUUUGCAAUUCUUAGUAAUUAAUCUAAUAUACUAAGUUUCUGAAACAUUGAUAAAGUACUUUAGAAAUGUAGGUCUUUCUUUUACAUAGGUUAGUGCUUUAUUUCACAGACUGACUAAACAAUGAAAGGCAAAUAGUAUUCUUUUCUAAACUUCUGUAGGCUUUUAAUUUACUUUCUUCAGUGUAAAACAUUACAAUAAGCGCAUGGGAACCAAACUUCACAUUUUUACUUCACUUGUAUUGGAAUUUUCUUUCCUAGAAUUGAGGAUUGUUGCUGAAGGAAUGUUAAGUGGACACAUACUACCCCUCCAUAUUUACUCAUUAAAUAAAUGUGGAUCUAGAUAAGUGCCAAAUGUUUAGUCAUAAAGCACUUCACAGCCAAGAACACUUGGCUGCCCUCGCCCAACAUCACCUUGCUUCAGCAGAAGGCACUGAACAGAGAUCAGAUGUAGGAACCUGACUUACUUUGUUUAACAGAAGAUAAAAAUAAAAAUAGAGGCCAAAUAUAGCUGUUUUCACCAUUGUCAGCAUUUGUAUACCUUAAGGUUGUACUGUUAGGAUAGGUUUCAUGACAUCUGCUGAAAUAUUUGGUAUUUAGACCUAUUAUUACCUUAAUGUUAUAUAUGCUAUACUCUAUGAAAGUCCAAUAUAUUUGCAAUCAAAACAAAAUAAUUAUCUGGUUAAAUAAAACAAAUCCUUGUUGAAAUAGCAGACAGAAGAAUUUGAUAAUGUGUUAAGUGCCUGAAAUGUAAUAUUUCUCAGAAGUACUUUUAGUGUUUUCAUCCCAGUUAUUUAAUACCCAGGGACAUUGUAAUCCUGAUAUAUAAAAUUUGUUUAUUUUAGAUAUCUGCACUGUUGGUGAAAGUUUUAACACAUUAUUCAGUAUUUUUAAGAAUUGGUACAUGGAAUACUUGCAUUGUAAUGUCCCUUUUUCCUUGUGCGAAACAAAGGUGGUGAUACUAGAUUGUUUCAUAACUUUGAUCAGUAUUUGUUCAUAUUUAUGAGGAUUGUGUGGCUUUCCUGACAAGGGUAAGGAUUGACACUUGUAUAAGCAGCACAUCUGUUAACUCGAGAAAACAAUGGAUUGCAAGCUGACUGUCUUUCCAAUACAUGCUCUGUUAGGACCUUCCAUCUUAAUGUAAUCUGUAUCUAUGAUAAAGCUGACAACUUUUUAGAAGUAAUACAGCAAAACAUAAAGAUUGAAACUGCUUUGCAGACUUUACUUCAGUGGGUUAUAUUUGUAUUUGUGGUUUUUUUUUCAUUUCUAAUUUUAGGAAUUUUGUUUUACAGUAGGAGGAACGUGGCUGCUAUUCUGUACCAGUACUCCAUUUCUAGCUGAAUGACUGUUGGUUGAAGUGUUUUGUUUUCAAUGAUAAAGUAGAAUCCUAAUUAAAUGUGAAUCUAAUUACAGAAACAGUGCAAGCUUGGUUUAUAUCUGGUUUUUACUAAUACAUAAGAACUGGACUUUCUGCUCUUUGGUAAUUAAUAGGAGAAUCUAGCCGUAUCAUAGUAUGUCAAUAUAAUAGAAUGGAAAGUACCAACUCAGACACAAUCUUAAGAUAUGUUGCAUUUUAUUGUACAAUUUCCUUUAGGGCUGGUUGCUAUUCAUCCCAGUUUAGACUAGAAACAGUUAUGGCAAAAUGUAAUAACCUUACUUUAAACAGUUAUUUCUUUUUAAUAACCAGUUUUAGUUUUAUAAUUGAUGAAUCUGUACGCAGCUCUAUGCAUCUACCAUGCAAUAACUACUGCUGUAUCAAUUACUUUGGGGCACAACAGCCAAUAAUAGCCCAUUUCAUGAUUAGUUGACCAAUAUUGUCUAUCCUAUAAUUCCAUAGAUCAACUAGCACACAAUGUUACUGAACUCUUGUGUGAAUAUCCUGUUGGUGUUACCACAGUGCAUGCAUUGAAUAAUCUGUAUCUUAAUAUUCAGAAGGUAGCUACCUUUUGGUUUGCAUAUUUCUGUUAUGUAUCCUGGUUUGCUUUUGUCUUCAUUUUUAUUAUAAAGUGUUUAUUUUAAUUGUAAGAGAUAAUGCCGUGAAAUCAUUCUUCACCUAUAGUGUAAAAUGGAUGGCAAUGAAUGGCUGCCUGUUUUACAUCAUGUUUGAUUCUUUAUUCCUUUGAUGUCAGUGGGGCUGCCUAAUGUCUGUUAAUAAAUUGUACAAAGAAAA